UUGUCCUGUUGCAGAGUAACUACCUGGUGUUUAUGGUGUGUUUUGUCCUGUUGCAGAGUAACUACCUGGUGUUUAUGGUGUGUUUUGUCCUGUUGCAGAACAACUACCUGGUGUUUAUGGCAGAGCUGUUCUGGUGGUUUGAAGUGGUGAAGCCUUCGUUUGUACAGCCCAGAGUCUUUGACCCACAAGCCUGUGAUCCUGCCCAUUCAUCCAGGACUAUGGGUCCUAUGUGUAGCCCAGCCAAAAAGGACUUUGGGGACAGACCUGACAGCCCAAAACACGACAGGCUUCAACCAGACUCUGCUUCAGGUGUGAUCAAGAGGUCGGCGUCCAUGUCCUAUGUGGACGGCUGUGUGGGGACGUGGCCUAAGGAGAGACGGUCUCGGGGCAUCUCCUUUGAGAUUCCUCUGGACGGGGACCCAAGCGCCCCUCCCUGUCGGAGUCCUUCCCUCCGAGGCAUGACCCGCUCUGCCAGCACAGAGGGCCUGGGGGGGUUCAAAGUUCACCACACACCUCGUGGGGGCAUGAGGCACCAACUCCCCUUUCAGCCAGUUAGCGUUAACGGUCAGGGUUGCAGUGCCGGACACAUACCCGAGGAGGACUACGACAGGGACUCACUUUACUACAACUCCCAUAAAGCACUGGGGCGUGGGCAGACUCAGCCACAUAGGAACCAGAGCAGAUAUUCCAAUGGCGUUCUCCCAGAGAACGGCAAGGGCGGCAGUGGCCCCGUCAGCCCGUCAACCCCGCCCAGCAUCGAAGAGGCCCUGAAUAUCAUCCACGACACAGAGAGGCCCCACGGCAGCCUGGGGCCCGGGGCCAACGGCUUCUUCCUACAUGAUGGAGCCGAACCUCCAGACCCAGGCGACGACCCUGACGACUACCCAGGAUCGGCUAAGGCCCGGGCGGACGAGGCCGACCCCAACUCAGCCUCUACGGAUGAGGUGGACACAGGGAUCCACGUGAGGACGGAGGACAUCCAGGAGAGUUUGGAGGAGGACAACUCUUCCCUCAGGGACUACUCUGAUAUAGACCCUGACUAUGAGGCUAUGACCCGAUCCUGUCCCCUAACAGAGGGGGAUGGAGAGAGGGGGCUGAGGAACAGAGACAGGGGAGAGAGGAGCAGCCCAUGCCCCAGCUCGGUGCCCCCCGCUCCCCUGUCCCAUGUGCCCAGCCCUGCCUCAUCCUCUGGCGGUUCAGGCGGAGGCGUGGUUCGCAUGACCAGCUUCGCCGAGCAGAAGUUUCGUAAGCUUGAGGGACGGAGCAGUGGAGGAACCACCCCCGAGAGCUCCGAGCUCAAUGUUCCGAACACGCCCCCCGCACAAACUGCCACACCUGAGGGCUCAAGCCCCGCCCACCCAGCCCAGAGCCCGGCCACACCCUCUACCAGAGACCACACCCACCUGCUGUKGUCAGAGAUGGUGCACCUGAAGAUGAAGCUGGAGGAGAAACGCAGAGCCAUCGAGGCCCAGAAGAAGAAGGUGGAGGCAGCGUUCACCCGGCAUCGUCAGAAGAUGGGCCGUACAGCCUUCCUCAACGUGGUGAGACGGAAAGGGAUAACCCCCUCUCCCACCAGCCCCAUCCCUGGGGGCCCAGACCUGGACAAGUCCUCCCCAGACCCCCUCCUCACCCCYUCAGGCAGUCUGGGCCAGGCGGAGAGGUGCAAGCCCGAUGGAGCCGCUCCCAAGUCCCCCUGCGAGGAGGGUGCAGGGAUAGUGGCUGGAGAGGUGGACCUGGCUGAGUACACGAGCUCCAUCGAGAGGCUGAACACGUCCCUGGGUUUCCUGCAGACGGAGAUGCAGCGGCUGGCUCAGCAGCAGGACAGGAUCAUGGCCAUGAGGGAACAGCAACAGUCCUGGGUUAUACCUCCUCCAGCGCCCUCACCACACAGGCAGCUACGGGAGCUCCGGCGCAACAGCGUAGCCGGCCGGGGGUCCGUGGGGUCCCUGUCCCCCAUCCUGUCCUCUGCCGGUGGUUCCCCCCGCGCCCCCCACCGUUCCCCUGGAGGCCUCAAGCGCCGACCAGCCUCCUUCCACGCCAGCACCCCUCACACCCCCCGUACCCCACGCCCCAGCGAGCUCAAGGUAACCCCCUUAAGACGGAUGCUCAACACSCCCACGUCCGUGGACAGUCUGCCCAGGCUACGACGCUUCUCCCCGAGCCAGACCCAGGUCACCUCCUUUGCCUACCUGGGACAUGAUGAGGGUCCUGGGGCCACAGAAGAGGGCAAGGAGGGAGGGGCCCCAGGGGGAGCAGAGGUGCCCCAGAACCAAAAUGAGCAGCCUGAGACACAGCCAGAGGUAGCAGAGUCGGGGAUAAGGAGUGCAGGCGCUCAUCCCUCCUCGCCCACUAAAGGGAGAGAGCAGGAGAGGAGAGAUGGAAGGACGGAGAAGUUGGCAGAGGUGCUGUCCCAACCCAGUAGAGACCUGGUAGAAAUACCAAUGUCCGCACUGAAACCUCUGGGAGGACAGGGUCUGGAGACGAGUGGAGAGAUGUACGGAGAUGACCAGAAAAUGUGCUGUGGGUUCUUCUACAAGGACGAUGGGAAGGGAGAGGAGGACAUGGCGGUGAAGAGGGCUGCUCUGCUGGAGAAGAGGCUGAGGAGAGAGAAGGAGACACAGGAGAAGAAACAGCAGCAGGAGCUGGAGCAGGAGCAGAGGAAGGAGGAAGCACGGCUGAAAGCAGAGGAGGAGCAGCAGAAGCGAGAGGACGACAAGCAAAGGAAAGAUUACAUAAAGAACGAGUACAUGAGGAGGAAGCAUUUGAAGCAGGUGGAGGAUAUGGAUGUCAGGCCCCGCCAUGGAAGUCUUAAAAAGAAGCCACGCCCCAAAUCCAUCCACAGGYACGUCAUGGAGUCACCCAAGCCCCCCGUCAGAGCCACGGGUACUCGACCGCGGGGGUUCUCAGUCUCCAGCAUGUCCCUGGCCUCCCUCAACCUGGCCGACAACGACAGCAACGCGGGAGAUAAGAGGACCCCCAGGCCAGACUCUGCGAGGCCAGACUCUGCAGAGGGCAAUCUGUCGUCCUGCCCGUCUCGUAACGGAGAGAAGGACUGGGAGAACGAGUCCACAACCUCCUCCACUCCCUCCAACCAAGAGUACACAGGCCCAAAGCUGUACAAGGAGCCCAGUGCCAAGUCCAACAAGCAUAUCAUCCAGAAUGCACUGGCCCACUGCUGCCUAGCGGGCAAGGUCAACGAAGAGCAGAAGAACAAGAUAAUAGAUGAAAUGGAGAGGUCGGGGGCCAAUAACUUCCUGGUUCUAUUCCGGGACACGGGUUGCCAGUUCCGCUCGGUGUACUCCUACUGUCCAGAGACGGAGGAGAUCACCAAGCUGGCGGGCAUCGGGCCAAAGAGCAUCACGGCCAAGAUGAUCGAGGGACUGUACAAGUACAACUCGGACAGGAAGCAGUUCAGCCACAUCCCGGCCAAGACCAUGUCGGCUAGUGUAGACGCCAUCACCAUCGCCCCCCACCUGUGGCAGACCAAGAAACAGGGCACACCCAAGAAACUGGGUAGUCUCAAGUAGUCACAGCAACAAGCCGUUUUCAUAACAAACCAAGGAUAUUGUUGUUCGGUGUCUUGGGCUAUAGUUGAGGACUGAGGGGAGACUUUGUGGUUUAUCCGACCCAGGAAUGGACCCAGGUCUGGMUAUGACCUGGGAUAUUACAGGGUCUGGUUUGGUAUGAACGGUGCUAAAGAGUCCAGCUUUCUAAUGUUCUUUCCCAGUAAGAUAUCCCCAGAACACUUAAACUCAGCAUUCAUCUGGGUCUGAUAUCUGAUAUACAYUAUAGUUGGAUGAUUAUGUAGAAGGGUUUUUCUUCUUAACAAAACACUGCUGAAAUGAUUACUGGAAUGUAGGAGAAAAAAACAACACAAGCCUCAAGAGACAUUGUUGUUGUUAUGCAAGACUGUGUGUGUGUGUGUGGGAGGGGCAGAGUCAUUCUAAUGGAGCACGCGUGUGUGUGUUCGUCAGCAUGCGUGGGUGUCCAUGUUCUUGUGUGCCCAAAAAAGAGGGGGGCUGAUGAAAGCCUUACUGAAUCAGACCACUGAAGCACUGAAUGUCAUCUCUCUGAAAUAGACCGAGUUUGAGUUCUCUGUUCAUCYUGUUUGGCCUUAUGCUUGUUUUGUGUGUCAUAUGAAAGCACAGCGAUUAUGUUAUAUUUAAGCGCCAGUUGUGAUGUUUUUGUGAGUGCAUGAUGAUUGUCUGUGUGUGAGGCUUGCUUUUCUCUCUGGCUGAAAGAGAAGACUGAACAGUUGGGUUUGUGUAAUGUGUUAACAAGUGCCAAGAUUGAGUGAGGUGAAUACCUCAGAAAUAGGUUGUUGUUACUUUCGAUAAGAACUAGAUUGUAAAAUCAUUGAUUUAAGUAUCAUCUACAGUACCAGUCAAAAGUUUGGACACACCUACUCGUUCAAGGGUUUUUMAUUAUUUUUUACUAUUUUCU